GUAAACCUCCUGAGAAGCUUGACAGUUCAACGGAGAACCUGAUCCCAGGUUUUCAGGCAGCACCUUCCGCAGCGCAGUUGGAUGCCUUCGGCUCUUCUCCUCUUGCACCCAUAUCAGUUGAAAAAACAAAAGAUAUUCUGGAUACCAGCCCUCCACUUCUGGUUGUUGCUGACCCUUUCAUUCCUCUUCCACUGUUAGAUACACCAGCUUCCUUACCAGAAAAACUGAUUGAGGGUCUGAAAUCACCUGAGCCUCCGCUCCUGCUCCCCGAUCUCCUGCCUCUGGCCGAUCCCUUUGGUAGCACCUCCGAUGCUCUGAAUGGAAAAGCUGACCUCGCUGCCGAGAGCCUCAUCCCUGGCCUGGAGGCUCCUGUGCCCCAGCUCACGUCCUCCCAGGCAGAUUCAGUGGCUUCUAGCAGAGCAGAUUCAAUCACUGUGGAUGACUCCUUGCUUGAUUGCUCUCUGCUUUCUAACCCUGGCACUGAUCUCCUGGAUGAGUUCGCUCCUUUAGCUGUUUCAUCCCAAACUCACAAAGAAGAUACUAACCUGAUAUCAGGCUUUGAUGUCCCUGGGGGCACUGAAAAAGUGACAGAAGAUGAGUUUGACCCCAUCCCUGUGUUAAUAUCCAAAAAUUCACAAGGACUGCAGGGGAAGCCAGCUGCCUAUUUCAUGGUCAGUCCUGAGCAAGAGCGAAGGCCGGGGGCCGCCGGUUCCUUGCUAUCGAAUAAGCCCCAGCCGAGCCAACUCGUAGGAGAAGCCGAUUUCCUCGUGAGGGAUGGUCUCUCCAGCAACAGCUCCUUCCACAGCAGCGAAGGAGAAGGGACCGACCACGAGGGAGACAUCCUGGACUGCAGUGGAUCCAGACCUCUGCUGAUGGACUCGGAUGAGGAAGAGGAGGCUUGUAAAAUGAACCCCCGUCUGCAGGAGAGGGGAGGAGGUUCUCCCAAGGACCUGAACCUCCAACCGGCCCAGAAUGCGCCAGGGCCGGUUCUCUUCGAUGCUUUCCCACAACGAGCUGCGGGAAGGUCCGAAGAAGACACCGAUGUGUUUGCCACGGCCCCUUUCCGAGGCUCUAAAAGCUACUGUGAUGACUUGGACAUUUUCACGAAUGCCCCCUUUCUCUCCAAAAGCCAGGGGUUCUCUCAGCAGCUGGACGAAGGCGACGUGUUCCUUAAAGCUCCAUUCACCAAGAAGAAAAGCCAGGAGGAGCUGGCGGCACAACCUCCUGCCACUGGACCAUUCCUGGGCGCAUCUGGAGUUGCUCAAUACGCAUGUGCCCCUACCUUCCAGAACCUAGAUGUGGGAACCCAUGGCUCCCUCCUUCCCCAGGGUCAGUAUUCGGGAGCCUCAUCGGUUAAGCCCUCCAGAGCAAGUGAUGGCCCAGAGGCCCACCCUCCCAAAGGCACUUCUGGAGAACUCGGCCCUGUUGCCAACGACACACUCCAAAGACACGUGGGCCUCCAGGAAGGCUUCUUGGGAUCACAGACCAGCCCACCUUUCCACCCACAGUCCUUAGCAAAAUACUCCCGACACUACAGCCCAGAAGGCAGGCCACGAGCCAGUGCCGAACCCAUAGCGGCUUACAAAGUCGUAUCUCAGACUAACAGGCAGGUGAUCGCUGGGUCGGUUUCUAUCGCCUCUCUUUCCUCCAGGACUAAAGAACUUCCCACUACUGACCCAUUUGCUUCUGCCCCCUUUCCUUCCAAACUGGGGAAGCAGAAGCCCUAAAUGGUUUCUCUGGUGGCUUCCUUCCAGCAUGUGGCUUCUGAUCGGACUGGUAUCUUCUUCUUAAGAACGUGCAAACGGACUCCAUGAAAUGGAACACACCCUCUCUACUUCAACCAUCAUGCUCAACACUCUUGCUGUGGUGGGACCUUCCUGGCUCCUAGGAAGACUUCUCCUCAGAGCCCCAUGGAGGCUUUUGGGUUGGUUCUGCAGCCACUAUCAGCUGACCAACACAUUUUCCAGUCUAAAACUGUUUGGGUAAAUAUUUAUCCUUAAGCCAGUAAUCCCGCAGGCGAUCUAGUAGAUAGGACCUGUUCUACCUUGAUUGAAGGUUCACGGAACAUCUCCACAUCGUGUCAAAUGCGUCUGUACCAGGAAAAGAAACGAUAACCAAAUGGAAGAUUAUUUAUUUUGUUUUCUUUGGCCUACCAAGAAGCCGAGAGGACUCUACUUCUUCCUACUAUUUCUGGAGUAAAUUCUCCAUUGGAAACCGGAGUCAUCUUCUUCAAUGUGCAUUUUCAGUUCUUUUUAUCUGAAUUGAAUACCUAUCCUGAGCCAUGUUCUAGGCGAACGUUGGCUGGGAUUUAGUCUUACCCGACAGUAUAACAGACAGUUGUGCAGGCUACAGACCGUUUCUGUUAUUUGCUGUUCUUUGCAUAAGCCUGGGAAGGCUGGUAGUUUAAAAGAGGUUUUGCUGGCUUUUUAAAGGGGAGUUUUUGUAACUUUUGCAAAGCUUUCCCAUCAUUUGCUCUCUUCCCCCCCCCCUUUUUUUUUUGUGCAAAACCAGUUUUUUCCUUCCUAUGAGAGAUCAUCCCAAAAAUUGUUAAGGGAAAAUUCCUACGUCCUUGGCUUUGAACUCCACUUUCUCCAGGGCUGAAUUUUCUAGCUUUAUACUUCCAAAGCCACCUGUUUUUCCCCUCCUUUUGCCACCGAACCCCUGAAUUUGCUGUCCCCUCUGGAUCUGAAAAAGUGCUUUACCCAGCAGUCACGGCUUCCAACGCUGCGGAACGAAAGCAAGCAGCCUUUCCCUGUGUUUAACCCUUGAGGAAUGAUGCACUUUUUCUGAGCCUUUGCAAACCACGAGAUAAGCCUUGUUCCACUUUCUCUGCCUCCUCUCCUCUGCCCCCCAUUCGUGGAUAGGGUAGGAAAGGAAAAUCAGACAUCCCUCUUCCCUGUGUUCGUUCAUGUGUAACUCUGCCCCCCAAAUUGGUGCACUUGGUCUGAGCGUGCCCCUUCGCACUCCUGAAUGUGAUAAUUCAGACCUUUCUAUCGUUCUAUGGGUUUGUUCUGUCCUGGCGGAAGGGCAGGGGAGUUGCGAGUAAGAGGGCACAUUGGGGGUGGGUCCUCUUUGAUACUAGCUUCUCUCAAAUGUAUACCCUCCACCUGAGCUAGAUUUCAAAUUUCAUAAUCUCCACCCUACCUGGCUCACCCCAAUUAGGUUGCACCUGUUCGAUACACAUGAUUGAGCUCAUUUGCAACUUUGGGUGCAGUUACAUCUCUUGGAUGUUCAGAGUCGAUCCUUGUUUUUUGUUUGGCACUGGACAGAUGACCAAUGAAAUGCUUCCCCCCUGAGUGAUUUUUUUAAGGUGUUCAAUCAGCUAACUAUGCAGGAUGGAUCUCUCCCUUCUGCAAAAUGUCUCUAACAGCAUUUGAAAGUGGAAA